AUCGUAGAGAAACAAAAAAUAAAUUCGAAUACAAUUGUAAAUGUGUACAGUCUUAUAUAUAAAAAUCGUGAAUUUCUUCAGAUUUUUAAAACACCGAUUUUUCUAACCUAUUUUCCUGUCGUAUCGAACCGUUAUUUCUAGCUUUUUAAUAAUUAGUUAAGAAUUAACGAUUGAUCGCUAUUGUACGAGGAAAUCGUCGAUCGAUUAUGUUGUCAAAAAGAGAUGCAGAAGGCGUAGAUAAUUUAAAAGAGAUAGAAGAAGCUAAACCAACCGCAUUAGAAAGUUGCAUAGAUCAGGUUACAAUAUCAUCAGAGACAUGUAGCAGGAACGGUUCAAAGGCGACGAAAGAAACUUCUACGCAAACUUCUUUAACAAUGCUUAGAUAUUUGAUACAAGCGUCAUCGGAUAAGCACUUUGUCGACUCAACAACUUCACCGGUGCGCUUUGACCGGAUGUCUGAAGACAAAGUGAAAAAUCACCGUGGAAACACGAAUCCUUUCCCACACAUGUUUGUUGAAAAUCAGAUGUCGAUCACAGUCAGCCCCGAAGCAACGAUACAGGCAACCGGGUUGCGUCCAUCGAGAAUCAGGGCACCUAGAGAUGUUCUUCAAGUAUCUACCUCUUUCUUAUCGAAUAAUUCUGGUAUUAAAAACGAGGUUUUAACCAUAACCACCGAUUACGGUAGUUCAUCAACCGAUACACGUAGCACGUUGGUAGAUGCGAUUAAUCAGAAUGGUAACCGGGCUCUUCAUUUAUCUCUACAAGAAACUUACGCAGCUGCGCCUGUACCUAUGCCACCGUUACCGCACACCGGUUCGAGGAACAACUUGUUCAGGCGCAGGUUGAAUCACCGAUCGUGGAACGUCAUGGGAUUAUUUAACAGUUGCUUAAGAUGCGUGUGCACCGUUAAUAACGAAGUAUUGAAUUUCACGCGUUAUCAACAUUUGCCAAUGUUUUUGGCGGAUUGUACAAAUUGUAAAAUAACGAUUUACGCGAUAGUCAGAUACGCAUCCUUACGUUAGAGGUGCACCCCCUGCUUAUUCUACAAUGUAUGCAAAUCAUAGAACAACGAUGCGCAAUUGGAGACCUUUUCGAUCCGAGAGUCA